AUGAAGGACAACCAGAGGCUCCAGACCCACAUCCCGCAGCUGUUUGAGAAGAGUCCGAUAACAGGAGACCACAGCCUGCUGUGGUUGGCUGGACAGACCUGCUGCUUGGCUCUGAAACAUGAGGAUCCACACCAGGCAGUGUUCCUAGCAGGUCCUAUGACCAGUGAGGAAGUGGAGGAUCUAAGUGGAAACCCCUUAGAGUGGGCUUUGUUGGACACAUUUGACUGUAGUCAUGCUCUACCUCCUGAAUCUCAACAGUACUUUGAGUACCUGCAGAGCAGAGGGGUGACUCACUUCAAAGUACCUCUGUCAUGGACUCAGAUCCUUCCUACAGGUCUGUCCAGCCAGUCCCAGAAUGCUGUGGUCUCCUGUUAUCAGACUCUGCUCAAACAGCUGCGGGAUGUAGGUUUGGAGCCUCUGGUCGUCCUUCAUGAAGCUGCUGUGCCUGAAGCUUUGAGAUCCAAGUAUGGAGGCUGGGAGAGUGAGCAAGUGCAGGGGAUGUUUCAGCAUUAUGCAGAGUUUGUGUUUGGACAGUUUGGAGAGUUGGCACACUACUGGGUGACUCUGAGCAGCCUGGAUGAGCUGAGGGAUGCCGAAAUGCAAAACACUCUAGAUGCACACAACAGGGUUUACCAGAGCUAUCAUCAGCUGUUUCCUGGGAGAGGUGGAGUAUCAGUGGGACUGAAGGCCAACAAAGUACCAAUCAUCUGUGAACAGCUGAAAUAUUCAGAUUUCAUCUCCAUUAAGAUUCAGUACGACUGCAGAGCUGGAAAAGAGCUGGCUGAGGAACUACAACAUAUGUUGGCUGAGUGUCAAGAAAAACCCAUUCUUUUCUAUGAGGUGAACAUCGACAACUGCUCUCCUUAUCAGUUCCUUCAUUCCAGUCAAGGUGACCAAAACAAAGUCAGAGGCGUACCUGAAACUUCAUCCUGUUCCACCUACUGCAAGACGUGGAGUAACUUCGCCACCAUGACCUCAUCUGAGCGAGAUGCCUUCCUGAAUGAAUCCUUUCCAGAUGGCUUCCAAUGGGCGACGUCCAGCGAGUCCUUCAAAGUUGAAGGUGGUUGGACUGAAAAUGGGAAAGGAGAAACCAUUUGGGACCGUUUCGGUCAUGAAAACAUGGUUUAUGAGAAUCAGACUGCUGAUCUAGCCUGUGACAGUUAUAAUAAGGUGGACUAUGAUGUCUACCUCCUGCGGGGUCUUCAUGUCAACACGUACCAGUUUUCCAUCUCCUGGGCCCGAAUCUUUCCCUCAGGCUACCCCGAGAGCCAAUCAGAGGAAGGGACUUUCUACUAUGAUAAGCUGAUAAAUGCUCUGAUUGAGUCUGGCAUCCAGCCUGUCGUCACUCUCUACCACUGGGAUCUGCCCCAAGCACUUCAGGACAACGGUGGAUGGACUAAUGCAUCCAUCGUUGAUGCCUUUAAGGACUAUGCAGACUUCUGCUUCUCCAGGUUUGGAGACAGGGUCAAGACCUGGAACACAUUCAGUAGCCCGUGGGUGGUGAGCCAUGCUGGGUAUGGCACUGGUGAGCAUGCCCCUGGGGUUAAAGACUAUGUGGUUGCUUCCUAUCAGGUCACACACAAUAUACUUAAGUCUCAUGCAGAGGCCUGGCAUGUCUACAAUGACAAAUACAGAUUUGCACAAGAAGGCAAAAUAGGCAUUGCAUUGAACUCUGACUGGGCAGAGCCCAAAGACCCUUCCAAACCUGAAGAUGAACUAGCAGCAGAUCGCUACCUCCAGUUCAUGCUGGGCUGGUUUGCACAUCCCAUAUUUGUUAAUGGAGAUUAUCCUGAAACCCUCAAGACUCAGACUGAGCAGAAAAGAAAUGGGUGCCCUUCAUCAGAGCCUGCAAGACUUCCUGCUUUCACAGCUGAAGAGAGCAGGAGAAUAAAUGGAACAGCUGACUUUUUUGGAUUGAACCACUACACGUCCCGGCUGGUCAACAACAGUGUUGGCGGCUGUACCCCAGGUCCUCAAGGGGUGGGUGACUUUCAGGCUCAUGUGGAUCCCUCAUGGACCUCAACAGCUUCUGAUUGGAUCUAUUCUGCACCUUGGGGACUCCGACGACUACUAAACUAUAUCUCUGAAGAGUACUUAAAUGCGACCCAAGUGCCCAUCCACAUAACCGGGAAUGGAAUGCCUUCUGAGUACACUGGGGAAACUCUCAAUGACGUCCAUCGAGUCGAGUACCUAAAGUGUUACAUCAAUGAGGCUCUGAAAGCAAUACAUUUGGAUGGUGUAAAUGUGCAGCGGUUUACUGUCCAGUCGCUCAUGGAUGGCUUCGAAGGCCCACAAGGCUACAGUGAAUGUUUUGGACUGCAUCACAUCGACUUUGACCUGCCUGACAGACCACCAAAGCAGUCUGCCUACUUCUACUCCAGUGUCAUUGAGAAAAAUGGUUUUGCCUCAAGAAAGCAGUUUCUCUCUGCACCAGAGCUGAAGAAUGUAAAGACAAACAAAGUUACCUCAAUGCCACCUUCAACUGUCCCAUCCCAAGCCAAAACUGUUUGGGGUAAAUUCUCAAGCCAAACCAAUUUUCAAAGAAAACUCUACCACUAUGGCACUUUCCCUGACGGCUUCAGCUGGGGAGUAUCGUCUUCAGCUUACCAGGUAGAAGGGGGGUGGAACGCUGAUGGGAAAGGGCCAAGCAUCUGGGAUACAUUCACUCAAACACCUGGAAGCAUUCCUGGCAAUGCUAAUGGCAAUGUGGCCUGUGACAGCUACAACAGACUUGAUGAAGAUCUCUACAUGCUUCGAGCUCUGCAGGUGAAGUCCUACAGAUUCUCCGUGUCUUGGUCCAGAAUCUUCCCCGAUGGUCGGCAUACAUCCCUGAACCAGAAAGGUGUUGAAUACUACAACAGACUCAUAGACGGCCUCUUAGCAAACAACAUCACUCUAAUGGUGACACUCUACCACUGGGACCUUCCUCAAGCUCUGCAAGAUGUUGGUGGCUGGGAGAGUGAAGACAUGAUUGACAUUUUUAAUGACUUUUGUGACUUUUGCUUCGCCACCUUUGGAGACAGGGUGAAAUUCUGGAUGACGUUCAACCAGCCACAAACAAUUGCAUGGAGAGGAUAUGGACUUGAGGAUAUGCCCCCAAAUGUUGAGAAUCCAGGAAUUGCUCCCUACAGAGUUGCACACAACCUCAUAAAGGCACACGCCAAGGCUUAUCACACAUACGAUGUUAAGUAUCGCAAAUCCCAAGGUGGUCUCGUAUCAAUUGCCCUCAAUGCUGACUGGGUUGAACCGAUAUAUGUUCAUGUCCCACGUGAAGUGGUGGCCGCUGACCGUGCUCUGCAGUUCCAACUGGGUUGGUUUGCACACCCAAUUUUCAAGAAUGGUGACUAUCCUGAUGCAAUGAAGUGGCAAGUUGGAAACAAAAGUGAACUCCAAGAUCUCUCAGAGACAAGACUGCCGACCUUUACAGAAGCAGAAAACACUUUCAUCAAGGGAACAGCUGAUGUGUUCUGUGUUAAUCACUAUACUACAAAGAUUGUAAGCCAUUCAACAGCUAGGCUUUCCCCUCAGUCCUAUCAAUAUGACAAGGACUUGACAGAAGCAGAGGAAGGGGAUUCACCGACUACUGCAAUUAGCCAACAGAGAGCUGUAGCAUGGGGCUUGAGGAGACUUCUAAACUGGAUCAAGGAAGAGUAUGGAGAUCCUGAGAUCUACAUCACUGAGAAUGGAGUCGCUACACACCCUGUGCCUACAGUUGAUGAUACAGAUAGGGUUGAUUUUUAUAAAACCUAUGUUGAUGAGGCUUUAAAAGCCCAUAACCUUGAUGGUGUAAAGCUGAGAGGAUACAUAACAACAUCCCUCAUGGAUUCCUUUGAGUGGCUCCAUGGAUACACUGUUGGAUUUGGGUUGCACCACGUUGACUUCAUGAACCCAAACCGGCCAAGGACACCCAAACGCUCUGCUCACUUGUACAACCAAAUUAUAAAAAACAAUGGCUUCCCCAUACCAGAUGAUGAGAGGACGCUUUAUGAAGAGUUUCCUAAUCAUUUUAACUGGAGCACUGCCAGUGCCGCUCACCAGAUUGAAGGGAGCUGGAGAGCAGAGGGAAAAGGACUGAGUAUCUGGGAUAAGUUUGCUCAUACACCACAAAAAAUAGCCAACAGUGACAAUGCUGACAUUGCCUGUGACAGUUACAACAAGAUUGAUGAGGAUGUGGCAGUGUUAAAGAAACUGAAGGUGACCCACUACCGCUUCUCCAUAUCCUGGCCCAGAGUGCUCCCUGAUGGCACCAACAACCACAUCAAUGAAGCUGGACUGAACUACUAUCAUAGGUUACUGGAUGCAUUGGAAGCUGCCAAUAUUCAGCCUCAGGUGACCCUGUACCACUGGGACCUUCCACUGGCUCUGCAGAGAGUGGGGGGCUGGGAGAACGAAACGAUUGUUGAGAGAUUCAGAGAUUAUGCAGAGGUUUUAUUCAGCAGAUUAGGAAGCAAAGUGAAGUUCUGGAUCACUCAUAACGAACCUUACAUUGCAGCCAACCUUGGCUAUGGAUAUGGUACCUUUGCUCCAGGCAUUAGUGGCAAGCAGUACAUUGCAGCUCAGAACCUGAUCAAGGCCCAUGCUGAGUCUUGGCACCUCUACAACGACAACUUCAGAGCAAAACAGGGCGGCAUGAUCUCCAUCACCAUUAAUUCUGAUUGGGCAGAGCCAAAGAACCCAUACAAGCAAGAGGACGUGGAUGCAGCCAGACGCUACUUACAGUUUUUCAUUGGCUGGUUUGCCAAUCCCAUCUUCAUUGGUGAUUAUCCUGAAAUAAUGAAAACAAUCAUUCGUGACAGAAGUCUUGCAGCAGGUCUUUCUAAGUCAAGGCUUCCUGAGUUCACUCCUGAGGAAAUCCAGAGGAUCAAAGGGACUCAUGAUUACUUUGGCUUAAACCACUACUGCUCAGUUCUGUCAUUCCCCGUAGAUUUUGGAAACAGCAGUUAUGACGCUGACAGGGGCACUGGGGCCGCCCACGACCGCACCUGGAUCGAGUCAGGCUCCUUCUGGCUUAAGAUCACUCCAUUUGGAUUUAGGAAACUCCUGGCGUUUAUCAAGAAUGAGUACGGAAACCCACCGGUGUAUGUGACAGAGAAUGGCAUCUCAGAACGAGGAGCAGUCGACCUGAAUGACAUCCACAGGAAGCAUUACUAUGAGCAGUACAUUAACCAAGCUCUGAAAGCCAUAGUUUUAGAUGGAGUAGACCUGAAAGGAUACACAGCCUGAUCUUUGAUGGACAACUUUGAGUGGGCUGAAGGUUAUGUGGAGCGGUUUGGGCUUUUCUUUGUGAACCGCUCUGAUCCAAACCUUCCUCGCAUCCCUAAAAACUCAGCCUCUCGUUAUGCCUCCAUCAUCACCUGCAAUGGUUUCCCAGACCCAGCUCUCGGGCCCCAUGAAUGUCCGAACCCUGAAGACAUAGCUUCCCACCACGGCUACAGCGCCGAUGACUGUGUCGACCAACCUCGAUCAUCCGUGGGUCCUUAUGGGAGCAAAACCCAACGCAUCAGCCUGCUCUUCACUUUUCCAUCUUUCCACGGAGACAAGACCAGCCGUCAACUGGACAUUCCGCUGGCCAACAGGUUCCUGAUCCUGGACAUGCAGGAUUUUCCUCCACUGGGGGAACAACCAAGAAAUUGGGGCCCAUCGUCAUCCUCUCGCCACAGGUUGUUGAGGGAGUGUUCAGGAGAGGCUCUGCUGGACCCGUUUCCCUUGUUAAGGCUGGAGGCUCUCCAGUCCGCUGUGGCGCCCUCGCUGCAGCCCUCAGCAGCUGCAGCAGCACAUCCAUCUUCGGCGUCCAGGGAGCCCUUGGUGGCACCGCCUCCAUCCACAAUUAUAAUCGGAGACUCCAUUAUAAGGAAUAUUAAGUCAAAGCUGGCUAUAACUUUCUGCUUUCCGGGAGUUAAAUUCUCUGACAUAGUUUGGGUCAUCCCUGGCCUGCUUGCACAUCACCCGUCUGUGAAGUAG